AUGUCAGAAGAAGCCUCUCCACUCCUUUUGCUGCUCUGGGCCAACAUCGUGUCGUCCACCUGGUAUGAAGGCUCUGGCUACUUUGCUGCACAAAGGCAGACCAAUGAGGUGCACAUUGAGGAAACCUCACAGGUUCUUGCUCCAGAAUAUCAAGUUCCACAGUGGUGCUACGUACUGAAGGUGUACCAUGGGGAGGCGACCUGCUAUUCCCCCCGAGGCGGGAACUACCGCAGCAGCAUGGGGACCCGCUGCGAGCUCUCCUGCGACCGUGGCUACCGCCUGAUCGGCCAGCGGUCGGUGCAGUGCUUGCUGAACCGGCACUGGUCUGGAGCCGCCUACUGCAGACAGAUUCGGUGCCAUACGCUGCCAGCGAUCCACCAUGGCUCAUACCAGUGUUCGGACGGCGUGAAGGUUGACUCUCACUGUGACUACACCUGCCAGCCCGGGUACCACCUGGAGGGCGAUCGCAGCCGCAUGUGCAUGGACGACGGACGCUGGAGCGGUGGCGAUCCAAUUUGUGUAGACAUAGAGCCUCCCAAGAUCCGAUGCCCCGACUCUCGGGAGCGAAUGGCAGAACCCGGGAAGCUGACGGCCACCGUGUACUGGGAUCCCCCUCGGGCAAAGGACUCUGCAGACGGCAGCAUCAAACACAUCACGCUCCGGGGCCCAGAACCAGGAUCCGAGUUGCCCGAAGGGGAGCACAUCAUUCGCUACACGGUCUACGACCAGGCGUUCAACCGAGCCAGCUGCAAAUUUUCUGUGAGGGUCCAAGUGAGCCGCUGCCCUGUUCUGAAGGCGCCGGAGCACGGCUACCUGCGCUGCUCCUCAGCCGGCAACAACUACGGCGCCACCUGCGAGUACCACUGCGACGGAGGCUACGAGCGCCAGGGCGCCCCGCUGCGGGUCUGCCAGUCCAGCCGCCAGUGGUCCGGCUCUCAGCCGACAUGCGCACCCAUGCAGAUUAAUGUGGACGUGAACUCCGCUGCCGGCCUGCUGGACCAAUUCUACGAAAAGCGCCGGCUGCUCAUCAUCUCUGCCCCCGACCCCUCCGACCGCUACUACAAGAUGCAGAAUGCCAUGCUGCAGCAAGCCACUUGCGGGCUGGACUUGCGCCACAUCACGGUCGUUGAACUGGUGGGGCUGCCGCCCCACGAGGUGGGGCGGAUCCGUGAACUCCAGCUCUCGGCUAACAUCAUUGAACAGCUCAGGCAGUUCCUGCACAUCACUCGUUCCCGCUUCAAUAUCGUUUUUGUGGACAAAGACGGCACAGACCGUGAGCGCUACAUCCAACCUGUGACACCAGAGGAGCUCUUUUCUUUAGUCGACAACUACCUGCUGAGCAGCCACGAAGCGCUCCAGCGAGAACAGCACAGGGAUGUGUGUGAGUGA